AUGGUCGUGUUGGAAGACGGAGGAAUGAUGACUACCAAUCCUAAUCAAUAUUUACAACCUGAUUAUUUAACGCCACUUCCGUCCUCUUUGGAUUCGAAGAAAAGCCCGCUUGCGCUUUUGGCGCAAACUUGCAGCCAAAUUGGUGCAGACACUGCGCCCGCUAAGCCUCUUUUGCCGCCGCUUGAUAAAAAGAAGCCAGUGAAUAGUGUAAACAGUGAUGCAGUUAGUCGUUCUUCACCGAAUUCUAACAAAUCAGACAAACCCCGUUCUACACCAGAAAAUAAGCAUUUAGCUUUCAAACCAUACGAAACCAACGUUGUUUCAAAGAAACCAGAAGAAGUUCGGCCUUCAUCCAAGGCAAGUACCGACAGUUCUGAUGAAAAAAAAUCUGGCAAAAGUACUCCGGGGCGUAAAUCAACGCCGCCGUCCACAGAGAAUGGAAAAAAUACUCCAUCACAUGAGAAAUCCUCGCCAGCAGGAUCGUCGGGUACAAGCCCCAUUAUCCGCUCGGGCUUAGAAGUUUUAGGCCAUGGAAAGGAUCACUUGGGCGCUUUCAAAAACCUACCUGGAUUAUCUGGGUUCAACCCACUCGCGGGACUUUGUUGUCCACCUGGAAUGGAACAGCAUGCAAAUCCUGCAUUCAGACCACCUUACGCUGGCGCACCAUUUAACGCUCAUCAUGCCGCUAUGCUAGCAGCUGCAGCGGCUUUUCCAGGAUCAUCACCAAAUCCUUACCUCGGCUACGCCCGCGUUAAGACUCCCGCUGGAGGUGAAACCUUAGUUCCUGUCUGUAAAGAUCCAUACUGCACUGGAUGUCAGUUCUCAGUGAAUAACCAUCACCUUCUCAUGAGCAACGGGUCCUGUCCUGCAGGUUGUACUCAAUGUGAACACCAGAAAUACAAUUUGGCGAUGGCGAUGGCUCUGUCACAACAAGGAGCCGCUGCUAGUGGUCUUCAAUACGCACAAUUAAGUCGUCCUUACGUUUGCAACUGGAUUGUCGGGGAGUCUUACUGCGGAAAGAGAUUUGGAAACUCCGAAGAGCUUCUUCAGCACCUUAGAAGUCACACCACAGACGGUUCAACGCCUGUUUCUGCAACCUCUACACAAGCAUCGCUCCUAAAUCCGUUAAACCCUCUAUUUACGACUGCAGGAUUACGCGGUGCAUACCCUACAGCUCCUCUUAGCCCGCUGUCAGCAAGUCGGUAUCAUCCUUACUCAAAAGCUGGGAUACCUGCUAGCUUAGGUGGUUCUCCUUAUGGGGCUUUCAACCCCGCGCUCGGGCCAUUCUAUUCGCCGUACACCAUGUAUGGACAGAGGCUAGGGGCCGCAGCGGUGCAUCAAUAG